AGAAAAGUGUAUUUUUUCCCCGGACAAUGCAUUUCUUGGUCAAGUCCUGACACAGUCUGCUCGCUUUAGGAUAGCCACGCAGGCCAAGCGCACGGUUAUCCCGUAUCCACCAGUUCUCGGUCUCGGUCUCGGUCUCAGUCUCGCACUCCGAACUCAUGGAAACUCCAUGCCCAACGCCCAUCAACCCUGCGCGGACCCGCAUCGGCUGGAUCGGCAUCGGCGUCAUGGGAGCUUCCAUGGCCGCUCGCCUGAUCUCGGCUGGUUACGCUCUCACCGUCUACGCUCGCAACCCUUCCAAAGCCCUCCCUCUCCAGUCCCUCGGAGCCCUCCUCGCCGAUUCCCCUCGCGACGUCGCCGCUCGCAGCGACGUCGUGUUCACGAUGGUGGGACACCCAUCAGAUGUUCGAUCAAUUGUCCUCGGCACCUCUGGCAUUCUUUCCGGGUUGAACCCCGGAGGCGCGAUCGUCGACACCACCAGCAGCCACCCUGCCCUCGCUCGAGAGAUCUUCGACGCUGCCCGGGGCCGGGAUUGCUGGGCGAUCGAUGCGCCCGUGAGCGGGGGCGACAUUGGCGCCAGAGAUGGGAAGUUGGCUAUUUUCGCUGGUGGGGAUCAUGGGGUUGUCGAGUGGCUGAGCCCCUUGUUUGACUGUAUGGGUAAAGUUACUUACAUGGGGAAAGCUGGGUGUGGGCAGAGCUGCAAGAUUGCUAAUCAGAUAGUGGUGGGUGGUAAUCUGUUGGGGUUGAGUGAAGGAAUGGUUUUCGCGGAGCAAGCAGGGUUGGAUGUGAGGCAGUUUGUGGAUGCAGUGAGAGGUGGGGCCGCGGGCUCAAUGGUGAUGGAGUUGUUUGGGGAGAGGAUGAUUGGGAAGGAUUUCAGGCCGGGCGGGUUUGCAGAGUACAUGGUGAAGGAUCUGGGGAUGGGUGUGGAUGUAGUGGAAGGAGGUGAGGAUGAGAAGGUGGUUGUUUUGCCCGGAGCUGCACAGUGCAAGCAGCUGUUCUCUGGAAUGGUGGCCAAUGGAGAUGGUCAUCUGGGGACUCAAGGUCUAAUUAGUGUUAUUCAGAGGAUCAAUGGCAUUGGCAGGUAAAAUGAAGACAUUAUCCGAGUUUGCAGCUUGCCUUAUGGCCUUCGUUCACAUUCAAUUUGUAUUGCCAGUAACCGCUUAAGGUUACCUGAUCUUGGGACAUUGAAGCAUCCUAUCUAUUAGUAUGAGAAAGUGCUUGUUUGUGUAUAUUGUGUAAAAAAGGAAAGUAAUUUCAUUUAAAUAAAACUGUGUUUUUGCACAA